GACUCCUUCUGAUAUCCCCUCGUGCUUGAGUUAUCGGUGGUCACCGACUCGUCACCACACAACAACCAACUUUCUUAUGUUUUUAUUUGAUUGAUUGGAGAUAUAUACAGGUACAGGUACAAUACAGACAUUGACGAUAUAUUAUCCUGCGAGUCGCCUAACCAGUCGAUGACGCCCCCGGCCCCGACAAACGGCGGAGACUGAUCCUCCUGCGAUAACAAAUAACCCCUGGUAUAAUACGUGCUAUCCUACGAUCUCAGUAUACUACGAAGUCUCUAUCUACGAACGAUUCAUGUCUACGUCGUCGAGUCUGGAAACAAGGCAUGCAGGAAACAUAAACAUGGAACGACGGAGAGCGGAUACCCUCGGUGCGCCGGAUCGCAAGAGAUCGAGGAUAGCUCUCUCGCAGGGGGAACCAUCAUCAUCAUCGUCGUCGUCGUCGUCGUCGUCGUCGUCGUCGUCGUCCAGGGCAGGAUCAUCCUUCACGACACCCAUCGAUCUCACCUCAUCUUCCCCUUCGCCACCCCGACAACCACCCCGUCCGCGUGCUCCUCCACGCCCCCCGAGUCAAAGCCAAAGCCAAAGCCAAAGCCAAAGCCAAUGGUCUCCCAGCGACGGAACGGAUUACAUGGAAUACGUGCGUCCGCGAUGGCAGCCAGACGAUGAGGUAGACGAGUGUCCGAUAUGUGAGGCUCCGUUUAGUUUCUGGUACCGGAAGCAUCAUUGUCGGAAAUGUGGGCGCGUGGUGUGUGCGUCGUGCUCGCCGCAUCGGAUUACAAUUCCGAGACAGUAUAUUGUUCGGCCGCCGGUUGUGCAUCGGCCGUCUGUGUCGGCGACGUUUGUGCCGAUUCGUGUGGCUGAUGGGAAUGCGGAUGGGAAUAGAGAUAGGGAUGGAGAUGGGGAUACUGUUACUGGAGUUGGUGAUGCUGUUGGCGAGGGUGGUGUUGUUUCGCCUGCGGCGAUCAAUCCAGCGCUGGGAGGAGGCGAGGAGGUACGCUUGUGUAAUCCAUGCGUGCCGGAUCCGAAUCCUGAGCCGCCGCGCGUGUUUGUGCAGCCGAAUCCGCCGCGCCAUCGCUCGUAUCAUUCGAUGUCUGUGCCGAGACAGCGGUCGUCGUAUGGCGUUGGCGGUGGCGUUGGCGUUGGCGUUGGCAUACCCGCUGGUGAAAGUUCCUCGCGCCCGGGGCGGAGGACUGUCGGGUCCAACGACUAUCCAUGCUUUGGUGGAUUGGGAAAUCUAUUCGGUGGAAGUGGCAGUUAUCAAGAACGACCGUCGCGGUAUGGAUCCUUGCCCAGUAGUUCGCAACAGCGUCUGCCAUCUAUCCGCGAUAACAGCCGUCCAUCCCGUCCGCGCCGCCAAAUUAGCGAACGCGAUAUAUGUCCAAUCUGCAACAACCAAUUCCCACCGCUAAGCGAGGGCAACGAAGAAGCCCGCGAGGCGCAUAUUCGCGAUUGCAUCGAGAACAAUGGUCCGCGGGUGCGAUCAUCUUCUCUAGCUGCUGCCGGUAGUGCCAGUGGUCCUGGCACUGGCAUUGGCACUGGCACCGGGCGUACCGGUCCAGGUCCGGUGAUACAACCCCAGGUACCCGUGCGAAUGGUCGCGUUUACGGCGACGGAGAAGGAUUGCCUAGGUCAUGAUGCUGAGACACAGGAGUGCACGAUCUGCAUGGAGGAAUAUGAAGUUGGACAGCCGCUGGUGAGGCUGGAGUGUUUGUGCAAGUUUCACAAGAGGUGUAUUGUGGAGUGGUUUGAGAGGAAGAAGGAGUGUCCGGUGCAUAAGUCUUGACUUCCCCCCUCUUUCGCUCGUGUGUUUCAUGAGUUGAUCUCUUUUGGUUUUGGUUUUGUUGGAUGGCGUUGUCGAUAUAGAAUAUACCUGCCUUUUUCCGUCUUCUGUUUUCCCCUGUUGUCGAUGUUGGUUGCUUGCGUCUACUGGAUCUGGAUUUGAAUUGGUUUGGUUAUAUAUUCCCUGAUUUAUGCGUUAUGUUUAUUUUUCUAUUUUGCCCUUGUCAGCGGUGGUUGGCGUUGCUAGAUGGUCUGAAUUAAUGGAUUGUUUCUACUAUGUAUAGCGAUGUCAUGUAGUCAUGUAGUACUUGUAGGGUUAGUGAAUGAAUGUAGGGCU